GCCACGCGAGCAGCGGCCGCGGGACCCGCACGGCUCGGUUCGGCUUAGCUUGGCUUGGCUUCGCUUAUCUCGGCUCGGCGCUUCUCCACCACAGGUUCAACAGUGUGACCACUCUAUUGAUUCAUAUACUCACAGCAAAGCCUUCAUCUGUCUCAUGGAUUAUAGAUCUAAAUUGAUGGCUUCAGUAACAGAUGCCAGAUACAGGCAGAAAGAUACUUCAGACCAAAAUUUUGAUUACAUGUUCAAGCUCCUGAUCAUUGGCAACAGCAGCGUGGGUAAAACAUCCUUCCUCUUCAGAUACGCCGAUGACACUUUCACACCAGCCUUCGUUAGCACAGUAGGGAUUGACUUCAAAGUGAAAACAGUUUACAGAAAUGACAAGCGGGUGAAGCUGCAGAUUUGGGACACAGCUGGACAAGAAAGAUACAGGACCAUCACUACUGCCUACUACCGAGGAGCCAUGGGAUUUGUGCUCAUGUAUGAUAUCACCAGUGAAGACUCCUUCAAUGCAGUGCAGGACUGGGCCACACAAAUCAAGACUUACUCCUGGGACAAUGCACAAGUGAUCCUGGUUGGAAACAAAUGUGACAUGGAGGAUGACAGGAUUGUUCCUGUGGAGAAGGGGAAACACCUGGCGGAUCAGCUCGGUUUUGACUAUUUUGAAGCCAGUGCCAAGGAAAACAUCAACGUGAGGCAGGUGUUUGAGCGUCUCGUGGAUAUAAUCUGUGAAAAGAUGUCAGAGAGUGUAGAAUCAGACAAUUCCAGGGGCACUUCUGGAAGGAGCAUGAGACUCACAGAUAACCCACCCCCUUCGCAGCAGAACUGCUCAUGCUAGUGACCCUUCACUCUGAGAAAUGUCCUUCUCCCUUCCUGACUAAAUUUUACAUUUUCAUUUGUGGUGGUGUGUUAUCAUGUAGUCCAAAGGCAGAAGUCUCUGUUGUAGGAAACUGGUAUGUUUGUUUAAUGUGCUGGAGUGUUAAUAUUAUGUAUUUCCUCAUCUAAUAAUUUAAAAAUCUGAAAAAAUAUUGUAAGUGCACCUUGUGUGAAUGUGAGUUACACUGACAAAAAAUAAUUGUUUGGUGUUUCAUAUGUUAUUUCCACAGAGAAUGUUGCAUUUUUAAUUAUAAAUUCCUCUAUUGCAGAGUUUUUUUGUCAAGAACAGUGGGAAGCACAAAAACCAAUUAAGAGGGACCAGGUCUAAAAGAAAAUGGGAGAAAAUCUUUUGUAAAGCAAGAUUAUACUUUUUUGUUAACAUAAAGCCAAAAAAAAGAAUCAAUCCCCAGGUAUUUUGGGAGUUGUCAUUGCUGUCCUGGAGACAUGGGCCUCAGUUUUGCUGUAUGAUGGAGCAGAAAGCAGAGCAUGUCUGUCUGACAGUGGGAGGUCUUUCAGAGAGCAAAGAGGAAGGGGGGUGGAUUUUGUGUCAAGUCUCUAAAUAGAGGAAGAACACAUGAAGGAAUCAAAUCUUCCAGGCAGGGGAAGAGGAGGAGGCCUAGCAGCCAUACCUGCAUUACCCUGUGCUUUGGCCGAUGCUGGGUGAAGGAGUGAGAGCCCUUCUAGGGGCUCCCCUUGCCUCCAGACUUCUCCCCCAUCACUAGUAAC